AUGACCAACAACCAUUUCAUCCAUCGCAACUUUGCUAAGAACGGCGUAACCAAGGCCAUCUUAGACCUUGUGGACCGAGAAACCAGCAGAGAUACCAUGUUGAGUUCGGCGUGUCUGGACACCCUGGAACUCAUCCGAAAGGAGAACAUGAAGCCGAUCAUCAUGGACAUGUUCGACAAGUACGAACCGAUCAUGACGCGAUUGGCUGAACGACCAUUCGUCAGGGCUUACGCCCAUGGCCUACGAACACGAUGGGAGCAGUACAAGGAGCCGCCACCACCGCCACCGGCUCAGGUCGUUGAACAGGAGAAGACCCGCUCCGCUGCCGAGGAAGAGGAGGCUUGGUUUAUCCAGUCCGAUGAAGAAGACGCCGAUGCCGAUGGGUCAGGGAGCCCGCAGGUGCCGUCCAAGCGUAAGCGGCUCCUGCAAGCUGGACCUUCCUCCAAGCGACAGCUUUCCUCUAAGGCGGGUGGCCUCGGUCUGGACUAUGACGAUGCCUCAGACAGCGAGGGCUCCGCCGACGAAAGUCCGAAGCAGCCGCCUCCGGCGGAGAACGGGCAUGAAGAGGACGCUCUCUCGGAUGUCAUGCUCAAGGCGCGAGCAAAGCGGGAGCGCGAAGAGCAGGAGAAUGAAGAGGAAGGCGCGUUUGCCAACCUUUUGGCGGGCAAGAAGCCUCCAGGAGAGGCGGGCGAUUCGUCCAAGGCGCCCACGAGCGAGGCCAGCUCAUCAGCAGAUGCGACCGAUGGUGACAGCCCAGAGAAAAAGAUCAAGCUGAGCCUAGGCAGCCUAGGCAAGAAGCUCGGCGGACAGUGA